CCCCAGUCAAAGUCUCCAGUCUCCAUUCUCCAACAUCCCAAGACUUGGAAGCUUCCAAGAGCCCAAGCUGCGUCAGCCUUCAGCCUCGGAUUGAUUUGUAGCUUUAACUCCACUGCGUGGAAGCUCUGAUUUCUAGAUCGCUGACGUUGCAUGGAAAUAUCUGUAUGACAAACAAUACUUUCUACUUUCUGAUACUAAUUCAUUCAUAUCAUUCCUAAGUUCUACCAUCGGGUGGCCGAGAUGUGCUGUGCAUGAGGGGAGCUAUAAGUCGACCUCGAAACUUCACCUCAUCCCUUAUUCACUUCCUUAGGUUGUAGAAGGGCAGAGUCACGGAAUUAUUGCUUAAAGCUGAAAAGCCAGUAAAUCAUUCACCAUGGCUACUCGAAGUCUAGAUCAUACCAAAUCCGAAGCCGAGCUCGCUAUCAAUAUCAGAAAAGCUACCAAUGCGGAAGAGACGGCACCGAAACGAAAGCAUGUACGAAGCUGUAUCGUUUACACAUGGGACCACAAGUCCUCCCAGUCCUUCUGGGGCGGCAUGAAAGUGCAACCUAUUCUUGCCGAUGAGGUUCAGACUUUCAAAGCCUUAAUCACCGUCCAUAGAGUCCUGCAAGAGGGGCAUCCCCAGACACUAAGAGAGGCUAUGGCAAAUCGACCAUGGAUUGAAAGUCUGAAUAGAGGUCUAGCCGGCGAGGGCGUCCGCGGUUACGGCCCCUUGAUUCGAGAAUACGUUUAUUUUCUAUCCGCGAAGCUGUCGUUCCACCAACAACACCCCGAGUUCAACGGCACGUUCGAGUACGAGGAAUACGUUAGCUUGAAGGCGAUUAAUGAUCCCAAUGAAGGCUACGAGACUAUUACCGACCUCAUGUCUCUCCAGGACAAGAUUGAGCAAUUCCAGAAACUGAUAUUCUCUCACUUCCGAAACGUAGGCAAUAAUGAAUGCAGAAUCUCGGCUAUCGUGCCUCUGGUGCAGGAGAGUUAUGGAAUCUACAAAUUCAUCACAAGCAUGUUACGAGCUAUGCAUUCAACAACCGGUGACGACGGCGCCCUAGAGCCCUUAAGGCAACGUUACGAUGCGCAACAUUACCGAUUAGUCAAAUUCUAUUACGAAUGUUCGAACCUGCGUUACCUCACUAGCUUGAUCACCAUCCCGAAACUGCCGCAAGAUCCUCCUAACUUGUUAGCCGAAGACGAGAAUGCGCCAGCACUACCAGCUCGACCGAAGCAGGAGAUUGAACGUCAACCAACACCUGUGCGCCAACCCAAGUCCGAGGAACCCGACGAGAUUGCCGAGUUCUGGCAGGGCGAGAUUGACCGCCAAAACAAGGAGUACGAAGAACAGCAAAGGGUAUUACAAGAACGGCAGGCUGCGGCUCUUCGCGCUCAACAAGAAGCACAAAUGCAAGCUCAACGAGACUUUGAAGAACAACAGAGACGCUUGGCAGAGCAGCAACGAAUGGAACAAGAGGCACUUAUAGCCCAACAGGCCCAAUGGCAGACGCAAGGACGAUUGGCAGAACUUGAGCAAGAGAAUUUGAAUGCGAGGGCGCAGUAUGAACGCGAUCAACUGAUGUUACAACAAUACGAUCAACGGGUUAAGGCACUCGAGGGCGAGUUGUCGCAAAUCCAGAACAACUUCGGCCAGCAGAUAACUAGCAAGGAUGACCAAAUUCGGGCGUUGCAGGAGCAGGUCAACACGUGGCGAACGAAGUAUGAGGCUCUAGCCAAACUAUACUCGCAACUACGACACGAGCAUCUUGACCUUCUACAAAAGUUCAAGACUGUCCAGCUAAAGGCAGCAUCAGCCCAGGAGGCUAUCGACAGACGCGAGAAACUCGAGCGCGAAAUCAAGACCAAGAACCUGGAGUUGGCGGAUAUGAUCCGGGAACGAGACCGAGCGCUCCAUGACAAAGAUAGGUUGACCGGCAACAACAAGGAUGAGCUCGAGAAGCUUAAACGAGAAUUGCGUAUGGCGAACGACAGAGCCGAUAACCUAGAGCGAAGCAAGGGUAACGAGUUGUCUACUAUGCUUGCCAAGUACAACAGAGAAAUGUCGGACUUGGAAGAGGCUCUGCGAACCAAGUCGCGUGCUUUAGAGGAGGCCCAAGCCAAGGUCCGAGACGGUAGCUCAGAUCUUGAGCAACUACUCCGUGACAAGGAGGAGGAGCUUGAGGUUUACAAGGCUGGCAUGGACCAGACCUUAAUUGAGUUGAACGAAUUAAAACUCAACCAAGGUGAUACGGACCAGGUGAUAGAUGGUCAGAUCGAUGCUUUGAUAUUGGCGAACCUCGACAAGAUCAACGAUAUCAUCGACUCUGUCCUGCAAUCAGGUGUUGCCCGAGUAGAUGAUGCAUUAUACGAGCUGGAUUCGACGAUGCAGGCUGGUAACCAAAAUGCCUCGCCGACAUACGUAUUAUCCCAGGUCGAAAAAGCUGUAUCGAGCGCCACAGAAUUCGCUACCGCUUUUAGCAAUUUUAUCGCCGAUGGGCCAAACGCCACUCAUGCGGAGCUAAUCAAAGCGACCAAUGUCUUUUCAGGUGCUAUUGCAGAUGUAUGCAGCAACGCGAAGGGUUUGAACCGCCUUGCUUCCGAUGAGAAGAAGGCUGAUCAGCUCAUGAACGGUGCACGCAAUGCUGCCCAGUCCACCGUCAAACAUUUCCGCAGCCUCCAAAGCUUCCGAUUGGAAGGCAUGGAUCCCCUUCAAAAGACCGACGUUCUCGUUAACGGCAGCAGCGACGUUCGUCUAAACCUACAAAGAUUGACCAACCUCAUCGAAGCCUUCGCACCAAACUUCACCCGAUUAGCAAACAACAAGGGCGAUCUAGGCGACCUUGUUGACUCCGAACUCAGCAAGGCAGCAGAUGCCAUCGCCGCGGCGGCUGCUCGUCUCGCCAAGCUCAAGAACAAGCCCCGCGACGGAUACUCGACUUACGAACUCAAAGUUCACGACUCUAUCCUCGACGCCGCACAGGCAGUUACCAAUGCCAUUGCUCAACUAAUCAAAGCCGCCACCGUUACGCAGCAAGAAAUCGUCCAAGCCGGCCGUGGUACAUCCUCCCGAACGGCAUUCUACAAGAAAAACAACCGCUGGACGGAAGGUCUCAUCUCCGCCGCCAAAGCAGUCGCGACAUCGACCAACACGCUCAUCGAAACCGCCGACGGCGUUCUCUCUGACCGCAAUAGCCCCGAACAGCUCAUCGUCGCAUCCAACGACGUCGCGGCGUCGACAGCGCAACUAGUCGCUGCUAGCAGAGUCAAGGCGGGCUUCAUGAGUAAAUCACAGGAGAACCUCGAACAGGCUAGCAAGGCGGUCGGUGCGGCUUGUAGGUCGCUUGUCAGACAGGUGCAGGCCAUGAUCAAGGAUAGAAAUCAAGAGGACGAGGCGACGGAUUAUGCUAAGCUUAAUCCGCAUGAGUUUAAGGUGCGGGAGAUGGAGCAGCAGGUCGAAAUUCUGCAGCUCGAGAAUUCGCUGGCUUCGGCGCGACACAGAUUAGGUGAGAUGCGCAAGAUCUCGUACCAGGAAGAUUAGGGGUAGUACAUUAUGGGUGUGGGGAGGAAAGGGGGGACUAGUGGCCGAUGCUU